CGCAUGCGCAGCGGGCGGGGCCUGCGUGACCGUGACGCAGACUCUUUUUGUUUGGACCCGCACUCGGACUCGUCACUCGCUUUGAUUCCCCCUCCUGGUUCACAACCGUUUUUUAUCUGCAUUAAUUUCGGGUGUCUUUUAUGAAUAAUCAAAAGCAGCAAAAGCCAACGCUAACAGGCCAGCGUUUCAAAACGAGGAAAAGAGAUGAAAAGGAGAGGUUUGACCCUACUCAGUUUCAAGAAAGUAUCGUACAAGGCUUGAAUCAAACUGGCACUGACUUGGAAGCGGUUGCGAAGUUUCUUGAUGCCUCUGGCGCCAAGCUUGACUACCGCCGAUAUGCAGAGACACUCUUUGACAUCCUGGUGGCCGGUGGAAUGCUGGCCCCAGGCGGGACUCUAUCGGACGACAUGACCCGCACCGAGUUCUGCCUCUUCACGGCACAAGAAGACCUGGAGACAAUGCAAGCAUAUGCUCAGGUUUUUAACAAACUGAUCAGGCGUUACAAGUACCUGGAGAAGGGUUUCGAGGAGGAGAUCAAGAAGUUGCUGCUGUUUUUAAAGGGAUUCACAGAGUCUGAGCGCAACAAACUGGCCAUGCUGACCGGCAUCCUGCUGGCAAACGGCAACAUAUCAGCCUCCAUCCUGAACAGCCUCUUCAACGAGAACCUCGUCAAGGAGGGAGUAUCUGCAGCCUUCGCUGUCAAGCUGUUCAAGUCUUGGAUCAACGAGAAGGACAUCAACUCAGUUGCCGCCAUGCUCCGCAAAGUUGGCAUGGACAACAGGCUGCUGGAACUCUUCCCGGCCAACAAACGGAGCUGCGAGCAUUUUUCUAAGUACUUCACCGACGCCGGGCUGAAGGAGCUGUCCGACUUCGCCCGCAACCAGCAAUCCAUCGGCGCCCGCAAGGAACUCCAGAAGGAGCUCCAGGAGCAGAUGGCCCGCGGUGACCCUCAGAAGGAGAUUAUCGCCUUCACCAAAGAGGAGAUGAAAAAGGCCAACCUCUCCGAGCAGAGCAUGAUCAGCAUGAUCUGGACCAGCCUGAUGAGCUGCGUGGAGUGGAACAAGAAGGAAGAGCUGGUGACCGAACAAGCCAUCAAACACUUGAAGCAAUACAGCCCUCUGCUGAAAGCCUUCACCUCCCAGGGUCUGUCCGAGCUCAGCCUGCUGCUGAAGAUCCAGGAGUACUGCUACGACAACAUCCACUUCAUGAAGGCCUUUCAGAAGAUCGUGGUGCUCCUCUACAAAGCGGAUGUAUUGAAUGAAGAGGCCAUAUUGAAGUGGUACAACGAUGCCCACCUUAGCAAGGGGAGGAGCGUCUUCCUCGAGCAGAUGAAAAAAUUCGUCGAGUGGCUGAAGAACGCAGAGGAAGAGUCUGAGUCAGAAGAAGAGGAGACUGACUAAAACCUCCAAACCUCCACCACCACCGCCAGAU